CUUCUAAUACGCAUUACUUACACACACACGAUGGCUGCGACCACUUCCUUCUCGUCGCCAAUGAUGACGCCGACGGGGCAAGUGCAGCACCCUGCGAGCCUCGACACGGCCGACAGCCGCGAUAGUGGCGCCCGCUGGUACUACUCUGACGAGGAGCUUGACAAGACCCCGUCGCGCGAGGACGGCAUCAGCGCCGAGACCGAGAUGCGCUACCGACUGGAAGGCGUUGCAUUGAUCAAGGAGAUUGGGCAGCACCAGCAGCGGCCAAUGUCGCAGCAGGCCAUCGCGACGGGCAUUGUCUUCUUCCAUCGGUUCUUCAUGUGCCAGUCGUUCAAGGACUUUGAGGCGAGCAAGAUGGCGUGCACCUGUUUGCUGCUGGCCGGCAAGGUCGAGGAGUCGCAUCGCAAGUGCUACGACAUUCUCGACCGCGCGCACGUCUUCCGCCAGACGCAGCAACUGGCAGAGCAGAUCAAGCAGUCGGGCGGCGUGGUCUCGGCGGAACAGGGCGUCAAGCGGCUCGGCAGGGACUCGCGCGAGUACUACCAGGCCAAGGAAGAGAUGCUCGUCAACGAGCGCAUCCUGCUGCAGGCCAUCGCGUUCGAACUCGCCGUCGAGCAUCCAUACCCGUUCGUGAUGAAAUUUUGCAAGAAGCUCAAACGUCAGGGAGCGUUUGCACAAUUAGUCUGGAACUACGUCAACGACAGCUUGCGAACCACUCUGUGUCUCCGCUACAAGCCCGUACUCAUUGCGGUAGCCGCCAUGCACCUCGCAGCGGUCACACAGCGUGCAGAACUGCCGAAUGGCUCAAACGGCGAGCCAUGGUGGAAGCUGCUCGACGCCGACCUUUCCCCCUCGCUAGAGUUGAUUCAAUAUAUUGCUUCAGUCAUCAACGACCUGUACGAAAAGCCCUGAGAUCCACGGUAGCGCCUCAUGUGCUCAUUCUACAGCUGUAGCGUGAAAUAGCUAUCAUUUGUCACUACUGUGCUUGGACGAAAACAAACAAACAAAUAUAGUCAUCCGUUAACAAAGA